AGGAACUGCACUCUGACCGCCAACCAGAAAUUCACUUAUCACUGUGACAGACAGGCAGAAUGAAAGGCAUUUGCAGGUUUUUUCAGCGAUUUUUGCAUCUCAUUCUUUGGCUGGCAGGUCUUACCCUGAUAGGAUACUUUCAAUACUAUGCUACAGAGGACAUCAAGCCUUCCAAAAUCUGUCAACCCAUCACAGAAGUCAUGUUCCUCAAGACCCACAAAACAGGCAGCAGUACAAUACUCAACAUCCUCUACCGCUUCACAGAGAAACAUAACCUUACCAUGGCCUUACCCUAUGGAAAUGAGCCCCAUCUUGGCUAUCCUGACUCCUUCCACAUAUCAUAUGUUGAGGAAUUCAAAACGCUGGGAAAAAAGUUCAACAUCAUGGGCAAUCACCUAAGGUUUAAUUGGCAACAGGUCAGAAGAAUAAUGCCAAAUAAUACCUUUUAUUUUUCUAUCCUGAGACACCCAGCAUUAUUGCUUGAAUCAUCUUAUGUCUACUUCAAAAACUAUGCACCAGCAUUUAGAAAAUCCAAGGACAUUAAUGAUUUUCUAUCAUCUCCUUGGUCAUACUACAAUAUGACAGAAAAAAAUAAUAUGCAUGCUAAGAACAACAUGUGGUUUGAUUUUGGGUAUAACAACAAUGCAGAAUACGAUGAGAGUUAUAUCCAGUUUGUCCUGAAUAACAUAGAAGAGAUUUUUCACUUGAUACUGAUUGCUGAUUUUUUUGAUGAGUCAAUGAUCCUUCUGAAGGAUUUUUUGUGUUGGGAUCUGGAUGAUGUGAUUUAUUUCAAGAUGAAUGCCAGGAGCCAACAAACCAUUCAGACUCUGAAUCCAGAGAAUAAGGAGAAAGUGAAGGAGUGGUGUGCUUUAGAUUGGGAACUUUAUAAACAUUUCAAUAAAUCAUUUUGGAUGAAGAUUCAGGAAAGAAUGGACCUCAAAACCCUGUACAAGGAAGUUGAACUUUUGCAGAAGAGACAAAAUGAACUGAUGGAGACAUGUCUCUUGGAAGAAACUGCAAUUGAGAAUCAUCAAAUUAAAGAUAAGAAUAUGAAGCCUUUUCAAGGAAAUACUCAUAUCAUGGGUUACAAUCUCAAAGAAGAUUUAGACAAUAAGACCCUGAACAUCUGUAAAAAGAUGACCAUGCCAGAACUCCAAUAUACAGCCCAUCUAUACAAUUCACAGUUCCCAUUUAAGAAGAAGAAAAUAUUUAAGUAGAUGAGUUCUUUUAACACCACAAUUUUUCUAUACUGAGGACCAAUCUCUGCAGCAUUGGGUGAACUUUUUCUUCACCCAAAAUGCUCCAGAUUAGCCUCAAUGCCUUUUCAGAGUCAAAAAUGAGGUGGAAAUUAGAGUCACUGUUUGUGAUCACCAAUCCUGAAGCUCUAAUCUUACAGAAGUCUUAAGGGACAACAAUUAAAAAGUUACAAACAAAAUCUUAUAGAAUUAUUCUGAUCAACGUCUAAAUCCAUUCACCAUUUCAGUACCAUGGAGAUAUAGAUUAAAGACAGAUCUCUGACCAUACAUGGACACAACCCCCUUCCAAACAGUGGACUGGAUCAUAUCCACAAUUCUCAAAUUUUCAUAGUAUCAGAAUUAAAAGCUGUAUCUAAGACCAUGAAUUAUAGAAAGCAACAUAACAUUCUAGCAAUUGUGUCCAAACCCUUAAUGUAUAUAAUUUUUUUUUUGAUAAAUUAUUGUUUAACUUUUGCUUUUACACAUCUAUUGAAAAAGAUUCCCUCGUCCCUUGAUACUUGGUAGUACUGUCCUUAGAUUCAAUUUAGGGCUGCAUUACAGCUGCAAACUUGAUGGAAAACCCUGCCUCCGUGUUGCUCAAAGGUUUAACAAGCCUCUUUUGUAGAUCCAAAAAGAAAACAUUUCUUAUUGGAUCUACAGUCUUUUGUUUUAUCAUUUGCACUUCCCCUUUCAUUUUUGUAAUUUUCUGCCAGUUUUCUUUAAAUAUUAGUAAAGUGCCUUUUUCCAAAUCUAUUUUUCGGCAUAUCAUUUCUACAUAUCAUUUGUAGUUCCUUUCGGGUACUUUUUCUUGUCAGAUAAAAUUUACUCCACAUCUGUCAUUCUCUCAUUGACAUAUUUGGACAGUGUCCAUCCAUAGGAUCAGACAUCUUUACUGACACUAUUGAUAUUGUAACUAUUAGUUUCUGGCUCCAUUCUUCAAAGAUCUUCUUUAGUAUUUCCAAUGUUAUGACUUUUUUGUCAUUUUGUAAAUUCUGGUUAACUGAUUCUAAAGGUUGGCUUAUAAUUUUCUUUUCCUUCAAUAAAGAAUGUUUAGUCCACUCUAAA